AUGAAUAUUGCCACACAACCAAUAGUGAAAGGAUUCAAAUUGAUCAAAGCCAUCUUUUUUUAUAUGUCUAAUCCAAAAGACCCCCAACCAGACACAAACUGGACUCAGUAUCCACACAUCACAGCAAUGGCGGUUUCAUCACUUCCAUUCUCAUCGCCUACCUUAUCCACAAGGUUGAAUCUACCAUUGAAGCCUUCUUGUUCUUCAUGUUCUUGGCCAACCAUCAUUGCAUCCUCAAAAAAUUCAUCUCUUGAUCAAAAAACAUCAGGAAAUUGCAAGAGAAGAUCACUACUAAUAGGAGUUGGAGCUUCAAGUUUAUUGCCUACAAAACUUCUAUUGGCUCAAGAGAAACCAGCAAACUAUGAUGAAUUUGUCGACUUACAAGAUGGUUACUCCUAUUAUUAUCCCUCAGAUUGGAGGGAAUUCGAUUUUAGAGGACAUGAUUCAGCAUUCAAAGAUCGAUAUUUGCAACUACAAAAUGUGAGGCUUAGUUUCAUACCAACCGAUAAAACAGACAUCCAGGAUAUGGGUCCCAUCGAGAAGGUUGUAGCCAAUUUGGUGAAGCAUGUUUACUCCACACCAACUCAAGUCCCGGAUGUAUUUGAUAUGCAAGAGAGGACCACAGAUGGUAAAAGAUAUUACACGUUUGAGUACACGCUAACAUCUCCAAACUUCUCCCGUGCAGCCUUCGCAACCAUAGCAGUCGGCAAUGGGAGAUACUACACGCUAAUUGUUGGAGCAAAUGAGCGAAGAUGGAGAAGAGUGAGAAACCAGCUUAAAGUGGUGGCGGACUCAUUCAAGGUGUUCGAUAUCUGAUAUUGAGUGAUAUCGUCUGUAUAUUUAGUUUUCCAAAGUACAAUACACAAAGCCUAAUGUACUCUUAAAGCAGCAUACAAGCAGUAACAGAAAAAAAAAAUUAAAAAUUCAAUCAAUCUAAACCUCUUUAUAUACAGAAGGAUUACAAUAAAUACGUUUACUUAAUCCUUUGUAAGCCUCAUCAAAUUCGAAAAAAUAUACAAAUGUACAAAAAAAGUCCGACGAUAGAAACAGAAUCACACUGACAAAAAUAGAAAAGAAAAAAAAAAAGCAAACAAACACCUCGACACUAAGUUCUAUCAUCAACACAAAUCAAUAUAUCAUGGAGAGACAGCAAGAUUCUAACCUGCC